AUGGAUAUUGCUCAUUUUGUAUUUGGAAUAUUUGGAAACGCUUUUGGCCUUUUUCUCUUCUUGGCUCCAAUAAUCACUUUCAAAAGGAUCUUUGUGAAGAAAUCAACAGAGAAAUUCUCCGGAGUUCCAUACAUUAUGACCCUUCUCAACUGUCUUCUUUCUUCUUGGUAUGGUUUACCAUUUGUGUCACCACACAACAUACUAGUAACAAUAAUCAAUGGAACAGGAGCAGUGAUUGAAAUCAUAUAUGUUUUCACUUUUAUCAUAUAUGCACCAAAAAAGGAGAAGCUGAAAAUAAGUGGCUUAUUUGCUUUUGUAAUAACAGUUUUCUCAGCUGUUGUUUUCAUUUCACUCUUUGCUUUGCAUGGUAAUUCAAGGAAAGUGUUUUGUGGUUUUGCUGCUGCUAUAUUUUCAAUCAUUAUGUAUGGUUCACCUCUCUCUAUUAUGAGAUUGGUGAUCAAAACAAAAAGUGUGGAGUUCAUGCCAUUCUUCCUUUCCCUAUUUGUGUUCCUAUGUGGUACCUCUUGGUUCAUCUAUGGUGUUCUAGGUCGUGAUCCAUUUAUUGCGGUACCAAAUGGUGUAGGGUCAGCAUUGGGGACUUUGCAACUAAUAUUGUAUUUGAUAUAUCGUGGGAAUAAAGGGAAUAAUAAUGCAAAAACAACAAGAGAAGAAGAAUCAAUGGAAAUGGGCACCGCAAAACCAAUGGGACAAGAAGAAAUCAAAGGGGACACGUCUAAGAACACGUGUUAG